GUCGGGUUGUAACAGGUGGCUAGAAUACCUAACUGCAUCUUCUGGCGGUCCAAUGGAACCUGACACGAUGGGGCCACAACCGACCACGGGCGAAGCGGGAGAAGAGUACAGGACAUCGCCCGAUCGAGCACUCAGGGAUUUGAAGGAACGAAUUAGGCAAGAAGCACCGCUGAGAUGGGCUGACCAAACCAAUGACGGAGGACCCGACAUGAGAGGUGAACCCGUUGCGACAGAGCCGCAGGAGGCUCUAAAGACGGGUGCCUCGAGCGGACGACGAGAGACGACGAGGCGACACUCCCCUGAGUACAAGCGGAGGGACACCAUAACGGAUAGGUAUAGAGACGACUGGAGAGAGAAUUUGAGGGAUUCUUAUUGGAGGGAUAGAGAUAGAGACAGGGCGCCGUCCAGGCGAGUCUUUGACCCCCAGACAGGGGAGUCACAUCCGCUCCCUUACGAGACCAAGGACCGCUAUAUUAUUACGCACAAGGUCUCAGAGCCUCCUAUCUUCAGGGGCUAUGGUAUCACAGAAUAUCUGGAGAAGUGGGAGCUUCACGCCAGCCGGGGUCAGUGGUCGAAGGAAGAGAUUAUAGAGAACUUCCUAUUUAAUGUGGACCCAAGUCUUGGUAGGGAAGUUAAGGAAGCUCGGCCGAAGGAUGGAAAAUUGUCUACGUACAAGAAGAACCUCGUUGAGCUUUACAAAUUGGAGGAUAACAAGUAUUCCAUCAAGGACCUUGAAACAAUGAUUCAAGAUGAAGAUGAGAGCGUACGGGCAUUUGGGAUGCGUUUCCAGAAGAUCUCCGACGUGCUGAUGAAGAAGGGGAAGAUCUCAGAGGUCGAGCGUUGUACUAUCUUCAUCGGACACUUGUCCAAAGGUAGGCAAAAAAGUAUACUUAGAGAUCUUCCGCGCGACAGACUUGAUUUCCCAGAAGUCCUAAAGCUCGCGAUAAAGGCAGAGGCAGACGAUUACAAGGACUUGGUGUGGAGAGGGAUGAGGAGACGUGACUUCUCUCUCUACAAGGAGUAUUUCACUGAUAGAUGUCGUGAUUUCAAGGAUUAUCCCUGGUCGGAGAAGAAUGAGGUCGUGCCUGAGGAAAUGAAGGAGAUACGGGACAUGGUGAAGGGAUUAACGAGACAGGUUACAGAGAUUGUGACCGCCACAGGGGUCACGACCUACCGGGACAAACCUGGAGGGCCCUAUUCAUUUCGCUGGGACCACCGAGAGCGCAGAGAUCGCGAGCUGUUUGUGCGAGCAAGGAGGCUAGAUGAUUACCCCCGAAGCCCUCGCUAUGAGGCCGAUUGGGGUAGAGGCGACUCCCCCGGCCGAUGGGAGAAGGACGACAGAUACGAGAGAUCGGACCGGGAUGGAUAUAGGGACGACAGAUACGAGAGGUCGGGUCGAGAUGGCUACAGAGGAAGUAGAUAUGAGAGAGGAGAUCGGGACUGGGAACGACAAGAUGGGUCACGCGCACGGUUUGAGCGCGGGGGAGAUGCGAGAGAGCAGCGCGACGAGACGCGAGGAUGGUACAACCGAGGGGACCGACGCGAUGAGUCACGAGGACGCUAUGACUCGGGGGACCGCCGGAAUGACUCGCGAGGGCAGUAUGAGCAAGAAGGGUCUAGAGGAGACCAGCGCAACGAUUCGCGCAGUCGGAAUGAGAGAGGGGGAUAUGGUGUCUCAUCAGAACCAUAUCCAAAGUCGCCUGACCCCAAGGUGGCCAGAAAUUCGAUGUCUAGAGGCGCAGACGAUAGGGCGUCUACUCCCAGGAACUCAUGCGUCUACUGUAGAGGAGAAGAUCAUAUCAAGAGGAAUUGCCCGGACCCGAAACGGGCAAUAGAAGAGGGACUUGUCGUGCUCGACGACCGCAAGUACGUCAAGUGGGCAGAUGAUCUCGGAGAUGUAUCGAUGUUCCCUUCGAUGAAGGAGAAUGUCGAAGCAAGGAGAAUAAAGACGAGUAAAGGAAUGGAGCCGGUCAGAAGCCAGAGCAUCAAGAUAAUCUUUGAGGGCGAUAUCGCGACCACACCCAUAAGGGUGGCAGCCACCAAGUCAGCAAGAGGGUCUACAUCGAAGAAGACUGACUCGGAUUAUGUGAUGACGGAGAAGGACGGGCAGCGGGUCGAUGGAGAGGAGGUUAUCCUGUCACCGCGAAAGCGGGGAGUCAAGAAGUUCUUAAUGAAGAGUUCGCUGGACGAGAUUGACACGAAGGACGCUAGAGGGAAGGAAAGACCGUUAAGAUUUGAGAGUAGGACACUUAAUACGGCUGAGCGUAACUACAGUCAAUUCAAGAAGGAAGUGUUAGCUGUUCUCCGGUGUCUAAACACGUUCAGACACUAUAUCUAUGGGCGACGGUUCAUCUUGAGAGUAGACCCCACCGCGGUUGCCGCUGUCCUCCAGAAGGACUUUAGUCUGACGGACCCGACCAUCGCCCGAUGGUUAAUACGGAUUCGGCUAUACGAUUACACGGUCGAGAGAAUAUCUGGUACUAAAAAUGCUGUGGCAGAUGGACUUUCACGCAUCCCUCUCGAGCGUCCGAUAGUAGCUGGGGCUCUGACAAUGGCAGAGCCGAGACGCGCCGAGAGAUUUCUAGUUAAUCUUUACGAGAACAAGUACCGAAUGAUCGGACUACACUAGACGGGAGAAGAGAGUCAAAAUUCAGAUAUCCGGACGCAAGCAGCCCAGUACUGCCUUAGAGCGGGGCACCUUUUUCGAAGGCCAGUAGGGUCGGGAAUGCCCUUACGAG